GCCACGGCUUGCUUGCUUGCGUGGAGGUAACAUAAGCUAGCAAGCAAUAACAACAAACUCGUCUGCUCUCUGAAAACUACCUCCGCAAAUUCACUGACAGCUUUCGAAAAAGUCAGCGUCUUCGGACGACACAAAAUGAGUCUGGACAAAGCAGAGCUGUGCGAUUCGCUGCUCAAUUGGUUGCAGACAUAUCAGGUGCCUUCCUGCACCAGCAAGCAUGACCUCACCAGUGGGGUGGCCAUUGCUCACGUCCUUCACAAAAUAGAUGCGUCUUGGUUCAACGAGACAUGGCUGAGCAGGAUCAAAGAGGAGAGUGGGGGCAACUGGCGCUUGAAGGUCAGCAACCUGAAGAAGAUUCUGCAGAGCAUGCUGGAGUAUUAUCACGAUGUUCUGGGUCAGCAGGUCUCUGAUGCGCACCUGCCUGAUGUGAACCUGAUUGGGGAGAUGGGUGACGGGACGGAGAUGGGCCGCCUGGUGCAGCUGGUGCUGGGCUGUGCUGUCAGCUGUGAGAAGAAGCAAGAGCACAUUCAGCAGAUUAUGACCUUAGAAGAGUCAGUCCAGCACGUCGUUAUGACUGCUAUCCAGGAGCUCCUCACCAAAGAGCCCGUGGAACCAGGAAGCCCUGAGACCUACGGAGACUUUGACUACCAGUCUAGGAAGUACUACUUCCUGAGUGAGGAGGCGGAGGAGGAGAGCCUGUCCCAGCGCUGCCGGGACCUGGAGCGGCAGCUGUCGGGGGUCCAGGAGGAGCGCUCGUCUCUGCAGGCGGAGGUGGCGUCCCUGAGGGAGAAGCUGCGGUGCUCGGACCCCCUGGACUCCUCCUCCGGCACCAUCACCAACAAGAAGCUGCUGCUGCUGCAGAGCCAGAUGGAACAGCUGCAGGAGGAGAACUACAGGCUUGAGAACAGUCGUGAUGACAUGCGCGUGCGUGCAGACAUUCUGGAGCGGGAGGUGCUGGAGCUACAGCACCGUAAUGAGGACCUGACCAGCCUGGCACAGGAGGCCCAGACACUCAAGGACGAGAUGGACAUCCUCAGGCACUCGUCUGACCGCGUGAGUCGCCUGGAGGCGCUGGUGGACACCUAUAAGCGUAAGCUGGAGGACCUGGGUGACCUGCGCAGGCAGGUGCGGCUGCUGGAGGAGCGCAACACCGUCUACAUGCAGCGCACCUGCGAACUGGAGGAGGAGCUACGCCGAGCCAACGCCACACGCAGCCAGCUGGACAUCUACAAGAGACAGGUUCAUGAGCUUCAUACAAAGCAUUCAGCAGAGGCAGUGAAAGCGGAGAAGUGGCAGUUUGAGUACAAUAACCUCCACGACAAGUAUGAAUCCCUCAGCAAAGAGAAAGAGCGGCUCAUCUCUGAGAGAGACACACUGAGGGAGACCAAUGAUGAGCUGCGCUGUGCACAGGUACAGCAGAAGUACCUCAACCAAGCAGAUGGCCUGUGUGCGGACAACAGCCCCGUGGACAACUUGGCUGCUGAAAUCAUGCCCACGGAAUUUAAGGAGACGGUGGUGCGGCUCCAGAAUGAGAACAAGAUGCUGUGUGUCCAGGAGGAGAGUUUCCGGCAGAAGCUGAGUGACGUGCAGGGCCAACUUGAGGAGUCGCAGCGCACCAACAACACACUGGAGACCCAGAACAGGUUGAACCAGCAGCAGAUGGGAGAGCUGCGGUGUCAGGUGGAGGAGCUGCAGAAAGCUCUACAGGAGCAGGGCAGCAAGACCGAAGAUUCCUCGUUACUCAAGAAGAAGCUUGAAGAGCAUCUUGAGAAGCUCCACGAGGCUCACUCUGACCUGCAGAAGAAGAAGGAGGUCAUUGAUGACCUGGAGCCCAGCGUGGACAGCAACAUGGCGAAGAAGAUUGACGAGCUGCAGGAGAUCCUGAAGAAGAAGGAUGAGGACAUGAGGAUGAUGGAGGAACGCUACAAGAAAUACGUGGAGAAGGCCAGGACGGUGAUUAAGACUCUGGAUCCGAAGCAGAAGCCCAACACGGUGGCUCCUGAGAUCCAGGCCUUGAAGAACCAGCUGAGCGAGAAGGAGAGCAAGAUCCAACACCUGGAGCAUGAUUAUAAGAGGGCCAAAUCCCUGCAUGACCAGGAGGAGAAACUCAUCAUCAGUGCCUGGUACAACAUGGGCAUGGCUCUCCACCAGAAGGUGGCUGGGGAGCGUAGUGGUUCUCCAGGCCAGGCCCAGUCCUUUCUGGCCCAGCAGAGGCAAAGCACCCAGGCCCGCAGGGGGCUGACCAGUCGCCUCCAGCCCAGAUAAGACUUCCCUAACACAGACUCUACUGGAAGAUGGCCUCCCUGUCACUCUCCCAAAUCUCCAAAAACUGGGGGGGGUGCUAGGAGACACUUCAAGGUGAAAGAGUGGGGUAGGGUUAUGGGGUGAAGAGCUAUGUGCUUCUGCUUUGGUCUCGUCCUCCUCCGAUGAUGUUCGUCCAUUCAUAGCCUCUCUGAGACUCUGCAGGACUGCUGCUACUCCCUGCUGGCCACUGCUGGUAGUGAUUUAAAAAAAGAAAAUCUGUCUUUGAACUGGGAUGUGACUGCAAAAGACACUACAGUGUUAUAGACUAUUGUUUUUUGUUUUGUUUUAUUUCCCUUUUUAAAUAAUGGAUCUGACCGAAGAGAGACACCUUUGGAAGUGAAGGUGUCACUCAGACAAAAGCAGGCAGAGGAAGUAUACUGCUCUUUUCUGUAAGCAAGAGUCCUGCGCUGCUGUUGUCCAUUUUUAGUUUUGUUUUAAACAUCUCAGUUUGUUUGCUGGAUGGAUUUUUAGCAGUUACCUCAUUGACACAGUGUCCCAGUGCGAUGACCAGAUACUGUACAGAUAGGCACUUGGCCUCCGGCUGUUUUGGAACAGAGUUGGGUAUCACGGUUAGAUAUGAUGCAGUGUCGUCACUGCCCCAUCUCAUUUGCACACUGUCAAUGGCUGAAAUAUGAAUCACUUUAUUGUAAUGAUGACACUAAGGAAGGAUGUUAAGUCCAUAUCCAACCAAUGACCUUUAAAGGAAGGGUGUGAGGGUAAAUGAGGGUUUAGUUUUCUUAAAUCAAGUCUUAUUGAUCUGAGUGUGAUUUUGUUUGUUGUUAAAUAUUAUUUACACUUCCUAAUAACCUUAAGGUUUCUUUUCUUUUUAAUGUGUGUAGCCACCUUGACUAGAAGAUUUUUGAAUAAGUAGCCUAAACAGUAGAUGGAGUAGACGAGUGGAGUUGAUUUCUGGUUAAAGUUGUGAUCCUGACCAUUUAUUUUUUUCUUUUUGUGGGUUUCGUUUAUCCUUAUUGAAAACUCAUUUAACCUCAUGGUCCGAAUAGAAGGAAUUAUUAGCACUUUUUUCCAAUUGUACUUCCAGAUUGAUGAUUGUUUAGUGCCUCUAAAGAUGUGAUCAUAAUGACGCCCCCAAAACAAGUACACUGGAUUCUUCCUAUCUGUUUUAAAACUUUGAUGAACAAGCCUUUAAUGAAUUUUUAGUAACUGUGGAGGUCAUGCAGACAACUCUUCUUAAGGGUAGCUCACAGUAUACGUCCGUUUCAUCUCGCUACCUUUCGCAAAUACAAUAUACUGCAUGUCAUAACUGGACGCAACACAGACCGUGGGACAUCCUGUAAAAUAACUGGGGAGCUGUGCAUUUCAAAGUCUUGUGUACCCUAGGCCUUAGCCUUAAUGUUGCUAAACCAAGUGUCCAUGGUAAAAAAAAAAAUGUACCGGUAAUCCCAUAGAUUUAUAUACAGUUAUGGACAUGAUUAUGAGCAUGUCGUAUUAUAUAUUAUUAUUAUUAUUAUUAUUAUUAUUAUUAUAUAUAAUAACAAGUAUCAUAUUAUUAUAUGAUAUUAUAUACACAGUUGUUUGGUAAACCAGCUUUUUAAAAUCUUACUUGCUCAUCAAGCAAAAAAUGAAAGGGUCAAGCUUCUUUCUAUCUUCAAUUUUUUUUUUACUGUAUCAGGUCUUUAACAUAAUUUCUUGCUUUGGAAAAUGCCUACCAAAGUGUAAAGCUUUAAGGUGAUAAAGACCUCAAGGCAGUUUUUUUUAAAGUGUUUUUUCAAGAUCAGUGGCACUUUUAAAACGAUUUUUAAACCUUUUGGCCUCUUGGCUUUUUAAAUCCCAAGAGAUUUAAUUCCUGACUUGUGUCCGGACAAGCUUGACUGGUACCAAGAUGUCUUUGUUGGAUGUCUCUUGACUGGCUUCCCUACUGCUCUUGUGCAUACACACACCUGCUGUAUAUUUAACCAUACUUGGCGUUAUUUUGUUUUCUCAUUUUCUUCUACAUGGCACAUAAGUCUCCAAUGCAGGGUUUUUUUUUUUUUUUGGUCCUACACUGGUAUACACAUCUCUUUUUUUCUUUUUAUGUGAAAUAUUUUGUUUCUGUUCUGGAACAAUUUGUAGGUCACAAGGUGUUUUAUGGGUAUGUUUGUGUUUAUGUUGUGCCUGUGGAAUACCCCUUUAAUUUGUUUUGUUUGUCCCUUAUAGAUAUGUCUGAACAGAUGAUGGAGUCUAGCACAAGUAGUAGACAUUGCCGUUCUGUCUCUGUGUUUUGCACAAAAAAUAAAACAUGGACUCUUUGUACCAGA